AUGUGGCAAUUUGAAUUCGAAGAUGCAGGACAUACCAGUACGGCCACACUCCUGUGGGAUUGGGAGCACAUGGCCGUGGCGGCCAAAGAAGACCUUGAACUACUGCUGACAUUUGAUGAGGGCAACCAAGCUGGUCAGAAGUCGAUGCAGAAGGUCCUCAAUGAGCUUGAGAAACCCCAAUUCUCAUCUCAUAUGAAACAAUCAAAGAGACCACUGAUACAGGAAAUAAGAAGCACGCCAGAGAUGGGACAGAAUUGACUGUACGUUCUUUAUUUUGUCAUGUAAACAAAUUGAAGGAAUUUUUGGCUGCUCAUGACACAACUUGAGAUGAAAUGCAUUUGGGAUUGGAGAUCGUGUCAAUCGAUCCAUAUGGAACAAGCUGACAAGGAAGAUACCUUUCAUUUUGAACACUCUUGCAAACCUAUUCCAUUACUGGGAAUCAAUUAUAAAUCUCUGUCAACUUACAACAAAAUAAAAAAUGUACUUUUUACUGAAAGCCCUG